CCUCAUACCAUUACAAAACAUAAACAAAAAUCAAAUUAUGGAACUCUUACUUCCACACCCUUCGAACUCAACACCUCUCACCGUCCUCGGCUUCUUGGACCGAGCCGCCUCCGUCUACGGCGACUGUCCGUCCAUCCUCCACACCACUAACACCGUCCACACUUGGUCCGAAACCCACAACCGCUGUCUUCGAAUAGCCUCGGCUCUCACUUCCUCCUCUCUCGGCAUAAACAGAGGCCAAGUCGUCUCCGUCGUAGGUCCCAACGUCCCGUCCGUUUACGAACUUCAGUUUGCUGUUCCAAUGUCCGGAGCCAUCUUAAACAACAUCAACCCUCGCUUGGACGCACAUGCACUCUCUGUCCUCCUGCGUCAUAGUGAAUCUAAGCUCGUUUUUGUCGAUCCCAACUCAAUCUCCGUAGUCCUCGAAGCAGUCUCGUUCUUAGGACAACAAAAGAAACCUCACCUCGUCCUCCUCGACGACGACCAAGAGGACGGUUCUUCAUCUGCUUCGGCCGCAUCGGAUUUUCUUGAUACAUACCAAGGAAUCAUGGAGAGAGGAUAUUCGAGAUUCAAGUGGAUCCGUCCUCAAACCGAGUGGCAGCCAAUGAUUCUCAACUACACUUCUGGAACAACGUCGUCUCCCAAAGGAGUUGUGCUUAGCCACAGAGCAAUUUUCAUGCUAACCGUUAGCUCAUUGCUUGACUGGCAUUUUCCGAACCGGCCGGUUUAUUUGUGGACUCUACCAAUGUUCCACGCCAACGGUUGGGGAUACACUUGGGGAACCGCAGCGGUUGGAGCCACCAACGUCUGCACACGUAGAGUCGACGCGCCUACUAUAUAUGACUUGAUCGAUAAGCAUCACGUAACGCACAUGUGUGCCGCACCAAUGGUUCUCAACAUGCUAACCAAUUACCCGUCUCGUAAACCGCUAAAGAACCCGGUUCAGGUUAUGACCGCUGGAGCUCCACCUCCGGCAGCCAUCAUCUCCAGAGCAGAAUCCCUAGGUUUCAAUGUCGGUCAUGGGUACGGUUUAACAGAAACCGGAGGUCCGGUUGUGUCAUGUGCUUGGAAGGCUGAAUGGGAUCAUCUUGAUCCAUUGGAGAGAGCUAUACUGAAAUCAAGACAAGGAGUAAGAACCAUCGGAUUUGCGGAUGUCGAUGUUAGGGACCCGAGAACCGGGAAGAGUGUGGAACACGACGGAGUUUCUGUAGGAGAGAUCGUUUUAAAAGGUGGGUCGGUUAUGCUUGGUUACUAUAAAGACCCUGAAGGAACCGCGGCGUGUAUGAGAGAGGACGGAUGGUUCUACAGUGGAGACGUUGGAGUUAUACAUAAAGACGGUUACUUGGAAGUUAAAGACCGGUCAAAGGAUGUGAUCAUAUGCGGAGGAGAGAAUAUAAGUAGUGCGGAGGUUGAGACGGUUCUGUAUACAAAUCCGGUUGUGAAGGAAGCUGCGGUGGUGGCUAAACCGGAUAAGAUGUGGGGAGAGACGCCGUGUGCUUUUGUGAGCUUGAAGUAUGAUAAUAAUGGUAAUGGUUCAGUGACAGAGAGGGAAAUAAGGGAGUUUUGUAAGACGAAGUUACCUAAGUAUAUGGUUCCGAGGAAAGUGAUUUUUCAGGAGGAGCUUCCAAAGACUUCUACUGGAAAGAUACAGAAGUUUCUUCUUAGACAAAUGGCUAAGUCCCUGCCUUAAAGAUUCACUUAAGUUAUUGAGGAUAUGAAGAAACUCCAUGAAUGAAGUAAAUAAAGACUUAUCUUUUGUGAUGUAUUAUUGUACCCUUAAGAAGGGAUUAGUUUCCAAACUUUAUGAAACAUGUUUGCUAUUUUUAAUGUUAUAACAUUUGCAAUGAGUAACUGAUAACACUAUUGCAAGUGUGUCCCUUUUUUUUAACUCUUGACCUUGCCCUGUCCUGAUGAAUGAAGAUGUUCUCUCUUC